AUGCCGUCCAGAUAUAGAGUCGAAUACCAAUUGAAAUCACACCGCAAGGACGAACUGAUCGAGUGGAUCAAGGGUCUUCUCGCCGUACCGUUCGUGCUGCACUCCGCGUCGCACGAUCCCGCCGCGCGCCAGAUCCUCCGCCAGCGCUACGCCGAGGUGUUCGUGGCCGUCGAGGCCUUGAUAGACGAGCAGGUCAGUGUCGGCAAGCUGGCGCGGCAGUCUGAGGAUCGCGAGUUCCUCGUGGGCAGAACGCGGCUCGCACAGCUUGUGCCGUCAAUCGGGCCCUUCUUUACCCGGCUCCCGCUACGACAGGCAUUUCUCCACGAGGACCACAAGCGUGCGAUCUCCGCCAGAACCAUGGUGUCUCCCAGUUUCAACGACAUCCGCCACAUUCUGAAUUCCGCGCAGAUCCUGCAGAUGCGCGAGUGCCACGACGUCCGCCUCGUGACCUUCGACGGUGACGUGACCCUCUACGAAGAUGGCGGCUCGCUCACCGCGACAAGCAAGGUUGUGCCCUUCCUGCUGUCGCUGCUGCGCUCCGGCAUUUGCGUCGGAAUCGUCACGGCGGCCGGCUACGACGAGGCCCAGAAGUACAUGGAACGGCUGUUUGGCCUUAUGACCAGCCUGAAGGACGACACGUCCAUUAGCGCAGACUUUAAGCGCAAUCUCGUCGUGCUGGGCGGUGAGUCCAACUACCUGUUCCGCUACGAGCCCUCCCAGCACGAACUCGUGUCCAUCGAGAACAAGGCCUGGAUCAAGCCGCCUAUGUGCCACUGGAGUGAGUCCGACAUGACCGAGACGCUCGACCUCGCUGAGUCGCUUCUCCGCGACUUCCGUACAACCCUGAAUCUGCCGGAAGAGUCUACCAUCAUCCGCAAACCGCGCGCCGUCGGCAUUGUCCCCGGCAACCGCUGGAACCCUGAGACAAAGCGCACAAUCCGUGUAAAGAUGGACCGGGAGCAGCUCGAGGAGAUGGUACUCACCUUGCAACACCGCCUCGAGGACUUCGCACCUGCGCGCCGCAUCCAGUUCAGCUGUUUUGACGGAGGCAGCGACGUCUGGUGCGACAUCGGAGGCAAGGACCUGGGUGUUGCAGCACUACAGCACUACUUCGAUCCCUACAACCCAAUCAAGCCUUGCCAGACGAUGCACAUCGGCGACCAGUUCGCGCCCAUGGGAUCUGCAAAUGACUUCAAAGCACGGCUUUCGGGCUGCACGCUAUGGAUUUCAUCUCCGCAAGAGACUGUUGAAGUGCUUCGCUGCUUAACAGCAGGCUUCGACCACUACUUCCAAACGUAA